UCCGCCGCGUCCUGGGUCGCCGCGACCUGCGCUGGCCGCGGCAGCCGGAUGGUGGGCGACCCGGCACCCCGGAAACCGAGCGAUGGCCUCCUGGACUGUCAGGUUUGGCGAUGGGACUAGAAGAAACAGCUUCCGGUUCUUCACUGUGUUUUAUUCAUUAAAACCCUCCUGCAGAUCUGACCCCGUGCAUCAUGGAGUGCUGAGUUAAAUGGACUCAGUGACCUUUGAGGAUGUGGCUGUGAACUUCACCCUGGAAGAGUGGGCUUUACUGGAUUCUUCACAGAAGAAACUUUAUAGAGAUGUGAUGCGGGAAACCUUCAGAAACGUGGCCUCAGUAGAGAAAAAAUGGAAGGAUCAUGACACUGAAUACAGGUGCAAAACCCAGGGGAGGAAAACAGGAAGUCCCACGGUAGGAAAACCUUGUGAAAGCAAAGAGGGUCGUCAGUGGGAAGAAACCAUCAGCCAGAUUCCAGAUGUUAAUCUGAACAAGAAAACUCCGUCUGGGGUAAAAGCACCCGAAGGUCGUCAGUGUGGAGAAACCACCGGCCAGACUCCAGAUCUUAAUCUGAGCACGAAAACUCCUUCUGGAGUAAAACCCUGUGACUGUGGCGUGUGUGGAAAAGUCUUUGUGACUCACUCAUCCCUUACUAGGCACGUCAGAUCGCACAGUGGACACAGGCCAUAUGAGUACCAUGAGUACAAAGAGAAGCCAUAUAAGUGCAAGGAAUGUGGGAAAGCCUUCAGUUACCGCAAAUCUGUUCACAGACACGAAAGGACUCACACUGGAGAGAAACCCUACGGGUGUCAGGAAUGUGGGAAGGCUUUCACGUGGCUCACAACUUUUCGAAGACACAUGAUAACUCACACGGGAGAUGGACCUUUUAAGUGUAAGGACUGCGGGAAGGCCUUCAGUUGCUCCACGUCACUGCGGACACAUGAAAGGACGCACACUGGAGAGAAACCCUAUCAGUGUAAACAGUGUGGGAAAUCCCUCAGGUCCCCGCUAGGUUUGCGAAUACACGAAAGGAAUCACAGCGGGGAGAAGCCCUAUGAGUGUCAGCAGUGCGGAAAAGCCCUCAGUUGCCCCAGCUCCUUUCGAAGACACGAAAGGACUCACGCCGCCGAGAAACAGUACGCAUGUAAGCAGUGUGAGAAAACCUUCACUUCUCCUCUGGGUUUGCGAAUACAUGAAAGAAUUCACACCGGGGAGAAACCGUAUGAAUGUAAGGAAUGCGGGAAAGCCUUCGUCUCUCUGUCAAGCAUUCGAACGCACAUGAUCACGCACACCGGCGACGGGCCUUACAAAUGCAAGGAAUGCGGGAAGGCCUUCAUUUGCCCCAGUUCCUUUCGCUCCCACGAAAGGACACACACCGGAGAGAAGCCCUAUGAGUGUAAACAGUGUGGGAAAACCUUCAGUUGGCCCAGUUCCUUUCGAAUCCACGAGAGGACUCACACAGGGGAGAAACCCUACGCAUGUAAGGAGUGCGGGAAAACCUUCAUUUAUCGCACCACCUUUCAGGGACACGUGAGAAAGCACACUGGAGAGAAACCCUAUAAGUGUAAAGAGUGUGGGAAAGCCUUCAUUUCUCCCUCGGGCGUUCGAACGCACAUGAUCAUGCACACGGGAGAUGGACCUUAUAAGUGUAAGGAGUGUGGGAAAGCCUUCAAUUUCCCCAGUUCCUUUCGCAUCCAUGAAAGGACUCACACGGGAGAGAAGCCCUACGAGUGUAAACAGUGUGGAAGAGCCUUCAGUUGUUACACGUCCUUCCGGACACAUGAAAAAACUCACACUGGAGAGAAACCCUACGAGUGUAAGGAAUGCGGGAAAGCCUUCAUUUAUCGCACUACCUUUCGAGGACACGUGAGAAUGCACACGGGAGAGAAACCCUACAAAUGUAAAGAAUGCGGGAAAGCCUUCAGUCGUCCCAAUUCCUUCCGAAGGCAUGAAAGAUCUCACACCGAGUAGAAACCUCCUGAAGGUAAGCCGUGCGGGGAGAAACGUUUGCUCUUCAUCCUUACGUGUGAAAACCCCCGCUGGAAAGAAACACGAUAAAUCUAAGAAGGCCUGACACAAAUCAGUCCGUGUAUAGUGUUCCAGAAAACUGCAACAUGAAAGAAUCAUUAUAAAAGCUAUAAAUAUAUUGUCUUGAUCAGCGCCUCAUUCUUACGGCGGAUCUCUGGACUCGGGGUAUUUACUGCUUGCUUCCAGCGAUGAACACUGAGGUGAGAGAAUUCUGCAAAUACUCUUUAAGCAAUAGAUGAUUGUUUUCUCCAUAACUCGGUAACACUUACCUCUUUCCAUUCUUGAGCUCGUUUGAUCCAAGGGUGAAGUGAAGUGGUUUCUAAACAGGGUUAAUUGUUAUACGAUGUUUCAAUUGAAUCAUGGAUCAAUGACACUGAGGCAUUUGUUGGGAUUUUCCUGCUGGCCACCUGUGUCAGCCGCCAGAUAUCCCUUACCCAUCAUGCAUUCCAUCAUUCUUACGAGAAAACCAAUUCUUGUUUUGGCCAAAAGAGCCUUAUCCCGUUUUCCCUGUUAGUAAAAAGACGGCAUAAGUUUGUAAACAUGCAGAGUUUAUCUUGUAGCCCGAUGUCUGUUCCCUUUGUCAUUCCUUCUGGCUGGAAUCUGAAUAAUCCACUUUGCAUUAAGACAGACCUAUCACUGGAUAAUAAAAUGCAGAAUUGGGAGAUGGCUCUCUCCCGUUCUGUUUUGUCACCUGGGGAAUGAGACAUUUUCUACAAUCGGUGUCCUCUGUGAUUCCAUGUCAGAAUUCACCUGUCGCCUCACUUGUAGGAGAUCUGGAAGGUGGUACAGGAGGCGUCAGGUUUCAGAGCCACCACACAGAGAGACGGACGGAUGCGCAGGAGCUUUGAGGCUACCCGCUUGCAGCCUGUGUUCCCGAUUCCCUGCCCUGCCAAUCAAGAGUGCCCUCAGAGCCAGUUCACUGCUUGACUUCCAUCUUCCCAGAGGUAUAGGUUUCCACAGAUACCUCCCCACGCUCCACAUAAAAGGUCCGUCACAGUCUAGGGGACUGUGGGGAUGUGCCCACCGGGCAACUAAUUUGAACUUUCGUGGUUGGGAGUAUUCUCUGAUGCUCAGACUCUCCUCUCCUCUCCUCUCCAGAUUAUAGUCAUACAAGCUCUUAUUUGCACAGUGAACACCUUGUCCUAAUACCACGAGUGACCGUGUAUUCCUGACUCCACUACGGUGACGCAGUCCAUAGAACCAAGGUGACGCUGCUCCUGCACCUGCCCUGACCCUGCCCUUCCCUGGAGGACUGGCGCCUUCCUCCCGUCAGGCAGGUUAUGGAGGAGGGUUCCCUUUGCGCGCAGCUGUGCAUAAUUCCUCGGUACGGUUUCGAGUAUGUUCGAGCGUAUGUGAUUAAAAGCAGUGCAUCUGUCGAAA